ACUUAAACUCUUCAAUUUAACUGCAUCUGCCUGAUCAUCAGACACUAUGGAGAGGGUACGCCAUGAUGUCCAUUGCGCAUGCUCAAUGCGCAGUGGAAGCCAUGUUGGAGCUACAUUGGAUUUGGGUUGGGAUUUUCUGACGCCGUAUGUUUUUCCUAAAAUAUCUGGUUUUAGAUAUUAUUGGGGUUCGUCAACCGUGCGCGAUCGGCGCCGUAAUUGGUAGUGGAAAUGAUGAACUCCAGUGUCGACCUGUCCCGGAGGAAUCCGCAGGAGGAUUUCGAGCUGAUCCAGAGGAUAGGAAGCGGCACAUACGGAGAUGUGUAUAAGGCUCGUAAUGUAAACACAGGAGAGCUGGCUGCUAUCAAAGUCAUCAAACUGGAACCGGGUGAGGACUUUGCUGUCGUUCAGCAGGAGAUUAUAAUGAUGAAGGACUGUAAACACUCCAACAUCGUAGCCUAUUUUGGCAGUUAUCUCCGGAGAGAUAAGUUAUGGAUCAGUAUGGAGUACUGCGGAGGAGGUUCUCUGCAGGAUAUCUAUCACGUAACUGGGCCUUUGUCAGAGUCACAGAUAGCCUACAUGUCACGGGAGACCCUGCAGGGUUUAUACUAUCUACACAACAAAGGCAAAAUGCACAGAGACAUCAAGGGAGCCAACAUCCUCCUGACAGACAACGGCUAUGUUAAACUAGCUGACUUUGGUGUAUCGGCACAGAUCACAGCCACUCUAGCCAAGAGGAAGUCGUUCAUUGGAACUCCGUACUGGAUGGCUCCAGAAGUAGCAGCAGUUGAGAGGAAAGGAGGUUACAACCAGUUGUGUGAUAUCUGGGCUGUGGGCAUUACUGCUAUAGAACUGGCUGAACUACAGCCACCCAUGUUUGACCUGCACCCCAUGAGGGCUCUCUUCUUAAUGACUAAGAGUAAUUUUCAGCCUCCUAAGUUGAAAGAUAAACUCAAGUGGACAAACAACUUCCACCAUUUUGUCAAACUGGCCCUGACCAAGAACCCGAAGAAGAGACCCACAGCUGAGAAACUGCUGCAGCAUCCAUUUGUGUCCCAGCCUCUCAGCCGGACGCUGGCAAUAGAGCUGCUGGACAAAGCCAACAACCCCGACCACAGCACCUACAAUGACUUCGAUGAUGAUGACCCUGAGCCAGAGUCUCCAGUCUCUGUUCCUCAUCGUAUUCGUUCCACCAGCAGGAGCGCCAGGGAGGGAAAGACGCUGUCAGAGAUUAACUUUGGGCAGGUGAAGUUCGACCCUCCUAUGAGAAAGGAGACGGAGCCUCAUCAUGAACCGUGUGAUUCUGAGCCCUAUCUGGACUGUGUUGAGGAGCUCUACUAUACCGCGAGAUCUAAUCUGGACUUGCAGUUGGAGUAUGGGCACGAUUCACCAAGUCUGUUGGGAGGAAAUAAGAGUCUUCUGAAAUCUGUGGAGGAGGAGCUACAACAAAGGGGCCAUGUGGCACACUUAGGGGAUGAUGAGGAUGAGGAUGAUGAUGGUGCAGAUGAUGAUGAAACUCACACUCAUAAAUCAAGCACUAUCAUGAGGCCGAAGGUCCCACCCCCGCUUCCUCCCAAGCCCAAGUCCAUCCGCUCAUCCCAACAACAACAGCAAAAACAGGACGAUAGCCAAUCACACAGCGAAGACGAUGGCGGAGGAGGGACCAUCAAACGCUGUCCGAUCCCAGAGACGCCGAGCCCUGCCAAGCCGGCAUCCAAUGUCCCCCCACGGCCCCCACCCCCGAAGCUGCCGCCCCACCGCCGCAGUAGCCUAGGUAACGAGAGCCCCAAGCGCACGGACGUCGAAAACUCAGCCCCAGAGGAUGAUGGGAGCUUUAGGCAUUUCUGGGAGUGGCUCCACACGCCUCACACAGAGGAGGAGCUGGAGGAGGCAUGGGAGGUGCUGAAGGAGGUGAAAGAGGAGCAGGAAAAAGAGGAGGAAAAGGAAGAGAGAAAUGGGCUGAACUCUCCUCACAGUGGAGAUAGGGAUGGUCCAGCAGACAGACAGUCUACUAUGCCCCCUAGUGUUCCCAUACGGAAAGACAAGAAGGACAUUCCGAAGCCGAUCAGUAAUGGCCUCCCUCCUACACCCAAAGUCCAUAUGGGUGCGUGUUUCUCCAAGGUGUUUAACGGCUGCCCUUUGAAGAUCCACUGUGCCACUUCCUGGAUCAACCCCGACACCAGAGACCAGUAUUUGAUAUUUGGAGCUGAAGAGGGAAUCUACACAUUAAACCUUAAUGAGUUGCACGAGACCUCGAUGGAACAGCUCUUUCCUCGGCGGUGUACCUGGCUAUAUGUCAUGAACAAUUGUCUUCUUUCCAUAUCUGGAAAAGCCUCUCAGCUGUACUCUCAUAGUCUCAGCGGUCUGUUCGAACAAGCCAGACAGUUGCAGAAGUUGCCAGUUGCCAUUCCCACACACAAGCUGCCUGAUAAGAUCAUUCCCAGGAAGUUUGCAGUGUCCAGUAAAAUUCCAGACACGAAAGGGUGCCAAAAAUGUUGUGUAGUUCGUAACCCGUACACAGGCCAUAAGUACCUGUGUGGAGCCUUCCAGUCCAGUGUCAUGCUGUUGGAGUGGGUGGAGUCCAUGCAGAAGUUCAUGCUCAUCAAGAGCAUCGACUUCCCGUUGCCGUGUCCGUUGGAGGUCUUUGAGAUGUUGGUGGUCCCGGAGCACACCUACCCUCUGAUCUGUGUGGCGGUCAGCAAAGGCACCGAACUCAACCAGGUGGUCCGCUUCAGCACAGUCAACCCCAACUCUACCUCCUCCUGGUUCACAGAAUCAGACACACCGCAGACAUGUGUGAUCCACGUCACUCAGCUAGAGAGAGACACGAUCCUGGUCUGCCUGGACAGGUGUAUAAAGAUAGUGAACCUCCAGGGAAGGUUGAAAUCCAGCAGGAAGUUGUCAGCCGAGCUAACUUUCAACUUCCAGAUCGAAGCCACAGUUUGUCUCCAAGACAGUGUACUGGCCUUCUGGAGGCAUGGCAUGCAGGGGCGGAGUUUCAAGACCAAUGAGAUCACCCAGGAGAUUUCAGAUAGCACACGCAUCUUCAGACUACUGGGAUCAGACAGGGUGGUGGUGCUGGAGAGCAGGCCUACAGACAACCCUACAGCCCACAGCAACCUCUACAUCCUGGCAGGCCAUGAAAACAGCUACUGAAACACACACACACUCACACACACGAGCGUAAACACACCUCUCCAAACAUCCCACCACUAAUGCAAACAAGGGAGCGAGCAACCAGGGGAGACACUCAGCCCAACCCUACCGCUAACCCACCCGACCUCCCGUCUGCCUCGUAACUGGGAGACGAGCCGUUCGUGGGUGCAGAUGUUGAUUCCCAGUUGCAGAAAUUUAAAACGCACCACAGUGUUAGAUGUGUGUUAGCUAAGCUUGUGGUGGUAGAGUAGCGGGGUUGUGAACCAGUUUUGUGAUGGGACGAGGGUUAACGUUGGUGGUCUGCGUUCAGUUUGGGUUCAGAUAGUCGGGGAAUCUCUUCUCUGCACCUUACAAAAGCGACUUCAACCCAAAAUCCUUCCUGAUACCCUCCCACCUCCCCCCGUGUACACUGCACACUGGGAAAACAUCAUCCAGCACAGAAGUCUGACUUCAACACUACUUCUGCAAGUUCUACACAUACUACUAGUACUACAGCUACUACUACUACUACUGCUACUGCUACUUGUGCUAAAGCUUCACAGAAGAGCCAUCUUGGACAGAAAACCUUCCUCUCCUUCAUCAUCCUUUCCUCCCCUUUUUUUUUUUAAACUACACCUUUAUUUAUUGUGGCAUGAUGUUAACAGCCAGGAUGGCUUUCCUGUUUUAUUUGUUUGUUUUUUUAAAAAAACGACAAAAAAGAAAAAAUAAAUUAAACCGCUUCGCCACUCCUGCUAGAAUUGAAUUCCGAUACCCAUCACUACACCACACAAGUGCUUAAUUGACCUCUAUUUAAUUGUUGUAAAUAUAAAUGUAGUAUUUUUUUGACAGAGACGAACACUAAAAAAGACCAUGGUCGUGUAGAUAGGCGUGUGUAUGGUCGCUCUGUACAACUGUGGAGGCAAACAGAGAGACAGACAGGCAUGGAGGGAUGACGGAGCAGUAAAUUCACUUCGAGCCCUGCGGUCUCCUUAGGUGGACAGCUUUAGUCAUUGGAUUUCACUCGAAUAACAAUCCACAGCUCAAGAUUAGACUGAGCAAACAGGAAGCAACGCUGAUUGGUCAUUUUUGUUUUGCAUGCACCACCGUCGAAACUUCCUGCUCGUCGUCAGGGCAGCGGACGUUAAGAGUUCUGUUUGAGUUUAUUUCUCCUAUUUUGAUGUCAUCUUUUUCAUUUUUUUAAAAAAAUGCUGUUUUAAUCAGAAAGCUUUGUUUUGUUUUGUUUUUUGUUUGUUUGUUUUAAUUGAACCACUGGUGUUAAAAAUUUGCACAGAGAAAAGGGUAUUUGACAAACAAAUGUGAUGUCAUUAUAAUAUAUGACCUUGUGUGUAUGCGUAGUGUGUGCGUGUGUGUGUGUGUGUGUGUGUAUAUGUAGACAGUAGAUUACACACGUGCAAGUGCAUCAUGUACAGAUGUGGUCUUAAGCAGAUGUGUUUGUGCUUGAGGCCACUUGAAAAGACCACCAACAGAUAUUAAAAAUCAAAACAAAAGCUGGAUUUACACGGAAGGAAAAGUCACUUAUAUUUAAUCAGAACACCUGGAAUGUGUGUAUUAGCUCUUUUCCAUCGGUUUAAGCAUUAAUUAUAGCUUCUGUGGAACUCCACAUGGUUUGAGUGGAAGGACUCUGUUAAAUCAUUGAAAUGGUUUGAUAGAUUUCUGUAUGUGUGGUCUGGAACAAGUAGCAGAACAAGAACACCUCCCCCAUGUUGUGCUCCAAGGAGGAUAAAACAAAUGCUGAGAAGGGUUUUACCCGCUAUUGAGCUAGUACAUUACAUUACAUUCAGGCCCCAUGGAUAAUGUAUUUAGUGUACAGAGUACACUAAAGAGGCCCAACUCACAUUCUUGACAAGCUUCUGUUCCACGAGCUUCCAAAACAAAGAAGCUCGAACCAGAUAUUUGCUAAAUAGAUGUGUGCUACUAUGCUGGAUACAUGCAAUAGUAAUAGUUCAACAGCAGAUACCCGUUCUGCUGAGAUUAUGAAAUCUAUUAAAUGUUUGUUUGAACUUUUUCAGAAGGAACAGUUAAUAAAACUCUGCUAGUUAAAGAGAAGCUAACCCAGAAGUGCAGUGGGCAGUUCAGUUUCUCUGUAAGUCCACAUGUUUUAUUGAUUUUUUAUUGAAAUUGAAGUUAUAUUUAGAGAAAUAUUGAACUCCAGCCACCAUUGCUAUGACAUUUUUUUUUUUAAAGGCCGACAUCUGUGCAAGAGCUCACGCUACAUGCAUGUAGAUGUGCACUGCGUGGUGUGUAGUAUUGAUGUGUCUUUACAAGCUGUGACACUAGAGGACGUGAACACUAGUUUAGAGGAUCCCUUACCGAGACCCCAUCACUAAAACCUGAAAUCUGAAAAAGCUGAAAUGUUUUGGUGCAUUUUUUUUUUUAAAUUGGGCCACUCUCCAGAAUUUUUAAUGUGCUCCACAGAAAGUUAGUCAUAAGCUCAUCACUGAACCAUCUGGCCCUGAGAUGAACAAAAUACUUGUGUAUGCAAGAGCAGCUUCAUCAUUAAAUGUCUUUAACAUAACGACAGAGGAGUGAUCAGGCUGUGGUAACAGUAAUAUCUCUGAAUUAAGGUUUUGUUUUUGAAGAACGCGGUCAGUCCCCAAUGAUUUAUUGCACUUUUGUGGUGAAGUAAAUAUAAACAAGCAUAGUCUAGUCCAGUGCAGAGAACCUGAAUCCAUUGUGAGGAUCUAAUUCAUUUUCUAAUUUUUUAAACACCUGCGCACACUUUUCUUGUAUAAAAUGCUCACAUGGUGUUGCUUGGCACCUGGAAAACAAAUUUCAGACACAUGAAUCAUCCAAGACACUAAGACACUACACUGAAUUCCCAUGUAGUACAUUUGAAGUGUAAUGUAUUCCUUAAUGUGGUGCUCUUUACAGGACUCUGAUGGCUGGAAUUUAACCACACAAAGCCAUAGAGCAGAUAAAUGAGACAAAUGAGUUGAACUCUGGCAUCAGCAGCUGAGUUUGAUCCACUUUCAAGGCAAGAAAUGUGUUCAAGCUGGGAUGCGAAACUCUUUAACCUGCCAUGUGGAGCAUGCUGCAGUUUCGCAAUUUAUAUAUUUGAACUUCUCUCUGAAAAGCUUUUCUAAACAAAAGCAAAUGUUAAAAUGCAUCAGCACUGUUUUGACUUGCCCUGAAAGUGAAUCACUGCCUUAGAUGAGCCACAAUUUAGCCACAAGCGUGACAAUACAUGUGCUUCGAGCCAACACCCGUACAUGUAACCCGUACAAGUGUUGAUGGAAUAUCACUGAGUAUCAGCAGCCCUGCACAACAAACUGUAAGCGUUCGAUUGUGUACUUUGGCUUGGUUGAUGUCAUAGAACGUGUUUUAAUUUACAUUUUUAAUGCAAUGCCAAAAUCUGCUUAAUAAGUUUAGAAUUUUAGUCUACCUCGUGGUGUGUCAGAGAUGGGGAAAAAGCAACAUGUGGCGGUGGUCUACAGCAUGUACGGUUAAACAAAACAUGUCUUCUCAGUACGUAAAUGAACAAAGGUUAUUAGAACCCGUCACAUAAAUACAAAGUGAAUGAGAUAUCCACUGAAGAGUUUUUCUUUGUUUUCUAAAAUACCCAAUUUGAAAAAAUGCAUCCUCCAACAUAACCGCACAUCUAAAAAUCAUGGCAACAAUGUAUUGAUUUAGUUGAGACGGACAAUAUGAGCAGUCCUAAGAUCUUGUACCUUUUUUCUCUGUUGUGUUCAUAAGUUUUAAUUUAGCUGAAACUGUCCUUUUGCAGAAUAACAAAGCGAGUUUCCGUGGGAUUGAAUGUUGCUUCGGUGAUGUCUGCUGUCGUAGCUGCAAGCUUAGCCUGUAAACCCCCAAAGCAGGUGCCAACACGACCUUCUGUUGUGGGUUUUGCUGAUGUGUUAAAAAGUCUGUUUUAUAAUGUCAUCUUCUCCUGGGUCAAAUCAUGUGUGAAAGCAACUCAUGGAGCGAUUGUUUUAAGGUGACGUGGGCACCAGAUACGUGGACUUCCAGAAUGAGACAGUCACAGAAAAGAAUCCCAAAUUGGUCUAUGGCAUAAUUUUCCUGGGAUCACCUGUGGCUUCUGGCAACCCCGUCUACCUGGUGCCCCAGUCAGAUUAAAUUAAACACAGAUGAGUUAUUGUUUGAUCCCAGGUCUCCUCCCAGUAUGAAACAAAACACAACUAGUCUCCUCUGUUCUGUCGCUGUUACAUCACUUUUGUCUUUUGUUUUCAUAAUGCAAUGCACACGUUAUGAAGUGUAUAUAGUGUAAAAUAAAAAUGGGUUUGUUUUACAUACUGUAUAAUUGCCUAUAUUUUGGUUCAGAAGUGUAACAGAUUUAUGAGAUGACAGGUUAACACAUUAAAAAGAAGGAACUGAAACAUAA